AUGGCUUCUCAACGGUACUCCGACGAGGAUGAUCUGCUUGAACGUAGCACGAACAAGCCGAAAGUGGAUGAUGGAUUGCAGGAUGCGAUAGACUCUGACGCGGCUGACGGAUCACCAUCUGAGAUGGUUCCAGAUGCCCACACGAGUGCUGAUGGUGAGGUUGUUGCCGAGACACAGUUGGAGGAGAUGCCGGGCGCUGAUCGUCCGGAAUCUGACAUGCAAAUCGAGGCAGACUCUACGCCCAAUCCCGCACCCGUGGUUGAACCAGCGCAGCUCUUGCCAGUGGAUCCCAAUCCGGUGGAUAGCGGGGCCGAGAGACCUCGUUCCUAUUUGGAUUCGGUGGUUGGGAAGGGCACUGAUGCAACACCUUUUUUGGUUGACAACAUCGCUGAUGCGGGAGGGGAUGAUCUUAACGCGGAGGAGGUUCCCGAUGAUGAAGACGACGAUCCCACUUGCCCUACUGUCCGCCUCUCAGUGAGGGAGAAGGAGCAGAUUCGGGAGCCUUGGCGACAAACGUUGAUUAUAAAGGUUAUGGGCAGGCGUGUGGGUUAUGCUUAUCUCCUUCGGCGGCUGACAACAAUGUGGAAACCUAAAGGACGACUGGAAUUGAUAGCGCUUGAGAACGAUUAUUUUUUAGUCAGAUUUGGAUUGCGCGAAGAUUUGGAAUUUGCGAAGUAUGAGGGUCCUUGGAUGACCCUUGAUCAUUACUUGAUCGUGAAGGACUGGGUGCCGACCUUCGAUCCGACUGUUGACACUACAGAAAAUGUCCUUGUUUGGGUCCGUUUCCCAAAUCUCCCCGUGGAAUUUUAUAAUCUUCUAUGUCUGAGGAAGAUUGGUAAUAAGCUGGGGAGAACUGUGAGAGUAGACCACACAACCAGUUUGGUGUCAAGGGGUAAGUUUGCCAGGGUUUGCGUAGAAAUCGACAUCACUAAGCCGCUCAUUUCCACGUUUACUUUGGAAGGUAAGGUUUGGAAGGUGGCAUACGAAGGUAUCCAUCUGGUGUGUUUCGCGUGUGGUAUGUAUGGUCACAGGCUGGAGGCUUGCCCGACGGCUGGUGAGAGUGUUAUGGACGGAUCUGAGGGCAGCACUACUCCACGCCCUCCGCAAUCGGCGGGCCCUGCUCAUGCGAAUACACCACAAGGGCCCGACAAGGGGAAGGCUACGACGUCUCGCAUUAGACCGUAUGGCUCGUGGAUGAUCGUGACCCGAAAAGAGCGCCGACAAUCUAGACGUCCUCAGGGUGCUGGACAAUCGAGAGAAACUGUAACCCCUCGCCUAUUCCUAUAA